GGCGAAUGUCUCGCGUCAGUCGAGCCGUGUAUCGCGUCGCGGUAAUGUCGUGUUGUAGUUGCGUGUUUCGCGUAUCUUGUUUCGAGCACUGAUGACGCUUUGCUUACCGUGAUUAUGAGCGACGUGAAUUCAGUGAAAUCAAGUUCGGCAUAUUGUUUCCGAUAUGUUUUGAAAGCAGUGAAAAGGAGCAGCGUGCGAUAGAAAUAACACGCAGGUUUUAUUGUGAACGCUGGACCGCGUGCUUUCCGGCCGUGUCGUCCUUUCCACUUUCGGAGUUUUCAAGGUUACGGUUUCAAUACCGGCACGAACGAUCCCGGAGACCGCCGUUUCUGUCUGCGGUUUCGGUCGUCCUCUCUCUCUGUUACUCACGUGUCCCUGUCGCCCAUUCUAAAAAGAAAAAAGAAACUGGAAUACACUAACUCGUGUAAUUUUAACGUUCGUCGAUUUCUAUUUCACGCACGUAACUUGAUAUUUUCAUGAAUUUGUAUCGUUUUUCCCCAUCUGUACAUACGUGAUGUGUUUCUUGUUUACUGCUCCAUUCAACUAGUCCUCGUUGAAUUUCAUCGGAAACAGUGAAGUUUUACUUGUAAGCAAACGAAAGUAUUUCUAACAGGAAAUCGAAGAAAAGUUACGUUAACGAUAUAACAUUACUGGAGCGAAACUGUUGGUAGUUUCGUGAGAAGAGACUUCAAGGUCAGGAAGGAAUAACUACAAGAAGGACAUGUCGGUAUCAUAACAGUGUUGGAAGAAAAGAAUUCUUACGAUUCGACUGAAUGUAGAUUAGUGUAUGUUCUGUGAUUAAAGCCAUAUUGUUUGUUUGACGUCUUCCAUCCUUCUGUGAAAGGUACGCCACUGUACAUUGAAAACGUGCAAGUUUGUAUUAUCCUUCGAACAAAAGUGCUACAAAAAUCCCUAGCAUUCGAAGUACGUAUAAAGUAAUAGUGGUAAAUAUCUGAUAAAUAAAAGAUUUCUUAUUGCACGUGUUACAUUAUAUAGGCUAUAAACAAAGCCAAUACCUAGCAGGUCGCGCGCAAUAACAUUCGUCGCUUGUAAUUUGGUGUUCCGAAUCGACACACGUGCGUUUGAAUCGAUCGCGUUUAAAAGGAUUAAUACCUUGGAUCGGUUGAAUUUCUCUGUUAUUCUCUCUUACCGACCGAGAAGCGUGCUUCGUGAAAUAGAACGAGGCAGGGACACGGAGUACAAUUACCCGCGUUUUUCUUUUAAUUCUUAACUGUGCACCGAGAGAGAGAGAGAGAGAGAGAGAGAGAGAGAGAGAGAGACUCGUAGCAAAGCAGAGGCUCGCUUAGAAGCGUUCGAAACGAGAGAGAGAUCGUAUCGGCGCGUCGAACCAGUUCGAUCGUCCGCGCCUCGUAAUGAGCCGGGGCACCGCACGUUGAAGAUCGAACGUGACCAGUGCAGUAACCCUCCUCCCCCUCGCGCGCGUAGUCGAUCGGUAUUCUCGAAGGAGCCGUUAAUCGAGGGUACCGCCCAUUACAAGAAAAAGCAAUCGGACCCGGGAUCGGUUUCAGGCCGAUUCGAUAGCGAAUAUCAUACGUGACUUCGUUCUUUCCCUGAAGACGUCGUCGUCGAUCCGCAUUCUUUCGAAGAUGUCGCGGCGCGUAGUUUCGAGACAGAGCGCAUAGGCUAGGAGGAGACAAGGACAGAACGGGACGAGAUCUCGGAAAGGAAGUCGAAGGGAGAGACACGUGUAUACGAGAAGAGAGAGAGCGGCGGGGGCGUGAUAAAGCCCUCGCACUCCUCGCCAACGACAGACAUGACGAUGGCUAGCAACAUUGUGGUUGAGUGGCUGCGCUCGCUUCACUUAGGCCAAUAUUCCGAGUCGUUCAUCGACAAUGGCUACGACGACCUUGAGAUUUGUAAGCAAAUCGGUGAUCCUGAUCUGGAUGCGAUUGGAGUGUUCAAUCAAACGCAUAGAGCUAGAUUACUUCAAUCGGUGAAGACACUGAGAGAAGAGGGUGCUGCGAGCGUUUACUUCACCUUGGAAGAAAGCAACGAUUGUUUGUGCGACAAUGUCAGCUCGAAAUCUUCUAGAACGUCUUCUGAGAGACCGCUCAGCGAUAAAGAAGCGCAGAGGGCUUCGCCGACUGCCAGCUCUUCGAGCGGUGGUCAGGAAUUAACCAAGUUCGCGGACGAGUACGAGGAGGGAAAGGCGGAGCUCGUCAGAAUCCCAAGGAUGCAGCUACGGGUGCUGCUGCAGGAGAAGCUGAGGCACGACGGCAUCAGGCUGGCUUGUCAACCUUACACAACACCGGAAGGUGAGAGGGGAUACUUAGAGGGACUGGCUUCAAGGUAUGCAGACCUCUUCAGAACGCAUUACGGAGACGUCCUGGAACCGCUUGAGGAGCUACGCCGCCGUGAAACAAAUGCUUCUCCCAGAAUGCCCAACACUCAACUCACUACCAGUCAUUCACAGCCCAUUUACGUGCCCGGAAAAUACUCGCCCUCGAGCUGUCUGAGCGAUAAGGAAGAGGACGAAAUCUAUGGCUUUGGAUACGGAGUAUUCAGCAGGCAGAUGCUUCAACAACGACAACAGAAACUUGCUCUUGCCGCACAAAACACCACUGCAGUAACGCCAGGUGGACAUCAACAGCCUUAUCAAAGUUGUCUGAGCCCAAGGUCUGCGCUGUUCUACGAGUUCCCGCCUAACGAACAAGGACAAACUACGAGCAAGAAGAAAACAACAUUUUCGCGACUACUUCGAGGACUAAAGACGCACAGGAAGGAGAAACAAGCACAAGCUCAAGGUUCCCCGAGGCAUGGACGCGCAAGAAUAGGAGUACCACAAAGAGUGGACACACCAGAUAGUGUUCUGCAAAGUGGAUUAGGCUUGGGACCAGAUAUGGGACACACAAUUUUACGUUCUAUGGUGGAUCCAAGAGAUUACGAUCGAUUAAGAUAUUUGCAAAUGAACGGUGGUCAGCCAAAUAGCUUCGAGGAAACCAUACAUAGGCUGAAGGUUCAAGAGGCGCUGAGAAAGAAGGAACGAUUUCAUAAAGAACACGAAGAGAUACUGAGGGACAUCCGGCAGGGUUUAAUGCAGCUUGGCCGAGACGGACGGGGUCAGCUCCCUGGAGAUGACACUUACAUGUACGACGAGGAUGCACGUUGCGGAGGAGGACUGGGUUUGGGUCCUGGAGGUCAACACUGGUAUGACGAACCUCCAUAUGAGUCAGACCCCGAAGACUUCCUCAUGGGAGCCAGUGGUGGUCCUGUACCAACAGCGACUAUUCAAAAUGGAAGAGUAUGUUUCACGCUGAAUUUAAGGCCAGAAAACAGAAGUGAGGGAAUUAUUUCGCUUCGAACUGCCGGAGACAUCAGUCUCCCGCGAGAUCGUUCCAGGAAAGGUGCAACUUCGACAAUGCGAGGUCUUAUUGUGCCACAAGGUCAUAAUAAUCCACCAGCUAUCAUACCACUUACGCACUCGAGAGCUUCUCGAGAAAGUGGAGACUACGCGAGUAGCGACGUCCAGAGCCGGAGUAGCGGCGAGGAAGGACUAUCGCCGAGCCAAAGCAGCGACUACGAGGAUCAAGAAGAACUCGAGAAUCAACACUCGGCCGCCGUACACACAUCGGAAGCUAGUGCUUUACUUGAGGGCGAUACGAGGGCGGGGAUCGCAGGACGAGCACGAAAUUUGAGGCACGACGUGCAACGGAAGAUUUCAAGGUUGCGUCAGGACCGCACAUCAUCCGAGGCGUUCCCGUGCAGCGCGAGCAGCGUGGAAAGUCUCCCAAGCGGAAGUGGCUCGAGCACGCAGGCACUUGUGCGUGCAGGAAGCAAUCACAGCUCGAUAUCCUGCGAAGACAGGGAUGCUAUCAGUCCAACGUCUAUCGGGCCUGUACUUUGCAGAGCCAGGGCUCUGGUCGAUUAUACGCCUAGCCCUUAUGACAAGGAAGCACUAAAGUUUAAGAAGGGAGACAUCAUCGACGUGGUACAAAUGAACAAGAGCGGCCUGUGGAAGGGUGUUUUGCACAACAGGAUAGGCCACUUCAAGUUCAUAAACGUCGAGAUACUAAACGACAGGGUUCCAAGGCGCGGCGAACCCGAAGGCCGGGGGAAGUGGGGCCAGAGGUAUAGGCAGAAGCCUGGUUCCGUUCAAGAGCUCUUGCAGAGAAUGAAUCUUCAGGAACACAUUCCUGUAUUUGUAUUUAACGGAUACGAGGAUUUGGAGCUCUUCAGGGAAAUUGAGGCUGCGGAUCUUGAUUACUUGCGCAUACAUCAGCCAGAACAUCGCGCGAAGAUACUCACAGCUGUGCAAUUAUUAAAUGACCUUCAAUCCGGAAGCGAAGGCGAUUUAGCUUCGAGCUCGGAGGGCGACGAGGUGAGUCGACUGGUCUUAACCUCUGGCCAGACAUCCGGCCAUUGUUCACCGUUUAAUCGCCGCCAGUUCCCGCGGGACUCCGGUUGUUACGACGCUCACAAGAAUUCUACCAGUCGACGAACCGUAAGCCCGGAAUCGACCACGACUACCAAGCUGCCCAGAGAGAACAAUCUCGACGCUACAGCAUCCACGAAGAACGUCAGCGGUGUCAGCACAGAAGGGAGCACUGUUUCCGAUAGCAAGGACGACUUUCAUCCUAACAUACCAAUUACUAGCAACGUAACCAGCCAGAAGGAGGGCCAGUUCGACAAAUCGCCGUUGCUCCGUAGCGGCAACGUCCGGUUCAUCGCGAAGAGAGGGAAUUUCGGCGAAACGGUGGUGAUAGAGGAUACUUGCGAGAGCGGGCAGAAACUCGGCGGCAUGGUGAAGUAUGUGGUUGGCAGUGGUGACCUUGGCCUCGAAGGUACCGGCAAUAUCACCGGUUUGGGUCAGAGGGGUUGCCUCAGUGAGAAGUCCAGCGAUUCCGGUGUUAGCUCAUCCAGCAUCAGCUCGGCUCCGCCACCAAGAGAUAAAGUUCUCGCCAAUGUUGCGUCAGACUCACCUACCAAGAAUUUUAGUAAUUUCACCAGGGCAUCACCGACUUCCCAGCCAGCUACCAAUAAGAGUCAAAGCGGUGAGACUAGUUACCAGUAGAGCGCAAUACGAGUGAAGUUCGAACGAGACUUAUAGAAAUUUCCUUUUGCCUUCAUACUUUGCACUCUUACGUGUUUCUGUAAAUUUCCAUUCGCAAAUUAUUGAUGCACUUACGCGCCGUUUCACGCGGAAUUUGGACGAACUUUAUACAUCAACGCGACUGUACAAUGGCGACUGGAGAGAGUUCUUCUGCCGCGUCAUAAGUACUCUACACUUAAUAGGGGUUAGGAUAUUCGACACGACUUUAGAUAGGUGGACUGAUAGCAAAUAUACCAUAAAAAACAAUUUUGGUAUCAGAAUUCUUUGUAGGUUCGAAUGUUCUGAUGAGUAUUCGAAGAUAUAUGGAGAUAAUUAUUGAAAGUAUGUGGAGUAAGUACAAUGUAUUAGUAGAAUACAAUAGAAAGAUUGGUAUAUCGGUACGUCUUGUUUUAGCUCGUUUGAUAAGUUGUAGCUUUCCUGUAAUAUACCGAAGCUAUUGUAAAAGAUAAUAAUUAUCUAUCUAAAAUCCGGUUUCAAUUAAUCAACCUGGUUGUAAGGAAGCUACCCGAUGCAAACGAUUUCACUUGAAAGGGGAUUUUAAGUCAAACAAAAAUUCACACUGAUUGAAAGAUUUCAAGUUACUACUUAUAUGUCAGGUAACUUGAUGUUACAACUUGAAUUUAAGCAACUCGACUAAUCUCAUCAAAGCUUAAAGGAGAAAUCUUUGCAGAAAGGUGAAUUGUUGAAGCUUAUUGAAUAUAACUGAUUGAUUAUGAUCUGAAUGAUUGAAUAUGACUGAUUGAUGAUGAGAUUGAUUAUGUAAUAAUAUUUAACAUUUUAAUUGAUUUAUCAAGCGAAGAUUUAUAUCGGAAAGCAUGAAAAUGGUUGUAAUUGAAAAACGAGCUUAAACGUAAGAUGUAUGAUUCGUAUAUGAAUCUUUUUAUUGUUUUGCUUGAAAUCAGCGAUAUAAUGCUGCUCGACGUCCAAUAUAUUCCGUGAAUGAUGCAGUGCAGGGUUUCUUUCGUUUUCAUUCGAGCUUCGAGUCGAAAGAAAUAGCACGGUGCUUCGCUAACUUUUAUUGCCUUAUCGAUUCUUUGUCCUCGUUACUUUAUAAUCAAAAGUCUGCCGCACUGCUCGCCUUCUUAAACGAGAAUUUCAACUUUGUUUCGAUAUUAGAUUAGAAUAUUACGUGAUUAUUCUCGUUCUGAAUUUUCAUAACUCUCAUUAUCGACGAAAAAGAUAUAAAAAGACAAAAUGGGACAAAAAGAAAACUUAAGCAUCUUUGACGAGAAAAGUGAGCAAAGUGUUUCGACGUUUGUACUUGUACGUGAAUGGAAAGAAUUUGGCAGUAAUGUUCGACAGGAAACAAAUGAAAUGCUUGCCAUGUCACUGCCAGUCAUUUCAUGAUCUCGUCUAUCGUUUUCGACGCUCGUAUAAUUACUAAUAAUAAUAUUGUGAUAAGAUUGCAUUUACGUCUAAAUAAUUUGUAAAUAGGUAAAAAUAUGCAAUAGAAAGAUUCGUCUUUGCAAUUUGUAUACAAUACUAAGCUACGAGAACAGAGACUAAAGGAGAUGUUUAAACGAGAAAAGACACGUUGAUCCGUCGAUCCUACUCGACGUUGGGCUUUAGUCAGCUAUUUAAUCUUUUUCUAUAAGAAGUGGCUGAUUAUUAGCCAGAAACAUCUAGAUUAAAGACUGCCAACACAAUUUAAACUUUUCCAUGGGGUAUGGUGUUCAUUCAUUUUUUUCUAUGUUCGAGUUUGACUUACUUUAAUGCCAUAAGAAAGCUAAGUGAUAAUCGUAAUGAUCUGUCGUUAAAUGUUAUAAUUUAGAAACAUUUUUUUUAUUGCCAGUUUUAUAUAU